AUUGCUGCUAUUCCUUUAGGAUAAAAAAAUUAAUGAGCAGUUUGAAUUAUGACAAAUGUUGCACAGAGUUUGUUUAGCAUAUCAACAACAACACAUCCUGUUUACAGUGAUAUUUUGACAACCUAUGGGUAUAACUUUACUACGAAUGAAUGGAUUAGUCCAUCCAAUGAAUGGAUUAGUCCAAUAUCAAAUCACACUACUUCUACAACACACCCAACAGUAAUAAAUAAAAUCUUUAAAAAAAAGUUGUUUCUUCUUAUUACCUUACUCGUAGGAACCACAUUAAUGAUGACAGUUUGUUUUGUUGUGGCUUUGAAGUUACGAAAACAUAUGAGAACACGUGAAAUAGAAAGAGUUUUAGCACCUGUUUAUACUUACGAUAUAAGUGAGUUAGAAAUAAAUGGUAGCUUUUCUAACCAUGGUAAUGAAAAUAACAGAAAUAAUUUUCUAGAAGAAAAUGGAAAUCAGCUGUUUAUUCCACUUCCGGAUAUGGACGAAGUAAAGUUAGUAAAUAAUGUAUCAGGCAAAAAAACUGUUGUGAAAAAUACUACAUUAUAUCAAGUUUAACACAUGUUGAAGUUUGUUGUUGUAAAAUAGAAAAAAAUCUUUUAUUCUUAGUAA